UGGCCGGGACGGGGGCGGGCUCUCCGGGCCCCCAUUGGCUACGGCCCCCUCCACACCAGGGCUCCCCCCAUCUCCCCCCGACAACAGUCCGUCCCGGUUCCAGCUGCUGCAGCCGCGCCUUCACCGCCUCGGCAUCCAGCCGACCCCUGCUCCGGCUUGGCAUGGCGACCCCGACCCAGGUCACCACAAAGGUUCCUCAGGAACCUGACCCAUUUUACUACGACUAUGACACUGUCCAGACCGUGGGCAUGACUCUGGCCACCAUAUUGUUCCUGCUGGGCAUCCUCAUCAUCAUCAGCAAGAAGAUGAAGUGCAGGAAGGCGGACUCCAGGUCUGAGAGCCCAACAUGCAAAUCCUGUAAGUCGGAGCUUCCCUCCUCAGCCCCUGGAGGUGGCGGCGUGUAGACCAGCCCUGGGCACCUCCACUACUGUCCCUGCCUGAUUGCGGGAACCUGAGGACCAGGUGGAGGCGGUGGGGACCCCAGCCUUGCCCAGGGAGCGCUCCCCUGAAUGAGCCGUCCCACCUACUCCAAGGCUGGAGCCGCUGCACCUCCCCAGGCCUUGGCAAUUACGACCCCCCAAAGAGCCCGUCUGCAUCCCAGACCCAGGGACUCAGGCCUCCAGCUCCUGGGGUCCCGGGAGUCCACCCUCAGCCCCCCACAAUCCCUGUGUGCUACUCCCCGGCACCUCCCUGCUCCCCGCACCCUCAGCGUCUAUGUCUUGAGCUUAAUAAAUGUGCAUUUGGUUUUUCCCCCUG